AUGAAUUUCCUCUCCGAUCAGGUAAAGAAAUUCUCCGACUCGAAACCGGAGGAGCCGGACCACAACAAGCCUGUCGAAGGAACCGAAGCAACCCAUAGACCAGCUUCCAACACCGAGCUCAUGGCUAGUGCCAAGGUUGUAGCCGAAGCUGCUCAAGCCGCAGCUCGUAACGAAUCAGACAAACUCGACAAGGGUAAAGUCGCCGGAGCCUCCGCUGAUAUCUUAGACGCCGCCGAGAAAUACGGCAAGUUCAAUGCGCAGAGCGGCACUGGUCAGUACCUCGACAAGGCCGAGAAGUAUCUCAACGACUACGAGUCGUCACACUCCUCCGGCGCCGGUGCUCCUCCUCCGGCCACCGGUGCUCCUCCUCCGUCCGCCGAUGGUCCUCCUCCGGCGAGUCAAGCUGAGCCGGAGACUAAGAAAGCUGAGGAAGAGUCUGGUGGUGGGAUUGGAGGUUAUGCGAAGAUGGCUCAAGGUUUCUUGAAGUGA